CAAUCAGAGACCAGGAUUUCGCGACGUCACUUGGGUCGAUGGAAACCAAGAUGGCGGCCUCCAGUACCGGAAGCGCUGAAUUGUGAAGAGUCAGAAGAACGAAGGACUUUAGCAAUUAUUAUGCUGAGUUUAUCCAUAAAAGAGGUGUCUGCAGCUCUGAGGGAUGGAAAGCUCUCGGCUACGGAGCUGUGCAGGAGAUGUUUGCAGCGCAUCAAGAAGACACGCCACCUCAAUGCCUACAUCAGUGUUACAGAGGAAUUGGCGAUGAGACAGGCACAGGAGGCAGAUCACAGGAUGCUCAGAGGUAAACCUCUCGGCCCACUGGACGGGAUUCCCUUCUCCAUAAAAGACAACUUCUGCACCGAGAACGUAGAGACUACAUGCGCCUCCCACAUGCUACGAGGUUAUGUUCCUCCGUUUACUGCCACAGUGGUGCAGAAGUUGAUGGAUCAGGGGGCGGUGCUCGUCGGGAAGACCAACCUGGAUGAGUUUGCGAUGGGAUCAGGCAGCACUGAUGGAGUGUUUGGUCCUGUGAGAAACCCCUGGAGUUACACUUCUCUGUACCGAACCCACAACCCCCAUGCAGCAGAUCCGGACUCGGAUUGGGUGAUCACAGGCGGGAGUUCAGGAGGAAGUGCGGCUGCUGUGGCAUCAUUGAGCAGCUUCCUUGCACUGGGGUCAGAUACUGGUGGUUCUACUCGGAACCCCGGUUCUCUGUGUGGUGUCGUGGCUCUGAAGCCCAGUUACGGUCUUCUGUCUCGUCACGGCCUCAUCCCCCUCGUUAACUCCAUGGACGUCCCGGGCAUAAUGAGCAGGAGCGUCCACGACACCGCCAUCACACUCAAGGUUCUUCAGGGCGUGGAUGAAAAGGACUCGACUACGGUCAAGGUUCCUGACCCUCCCGCUGCUGCGCUCCCUCAGGACUUUGAUGUCAGGGAUAUUUGCGUGGGCGUCCCCAAGGAGUACCACGCUCCGGGUCUGUCGGCCGGGACGCUGCGCGAGUGGAACCGUGUGGCGGCCAUGUUUGAGCGAGCCGGGGCGCAGGUGCGUGAGGUUUCUCUCCCUCACACUCAGUACUCUAUCGUCUGCUACCACGUGCUCUGCUGCUGCGAGGUGGCGUCCAACAUGGCGCGUUUUGAUGGCCUGCAGUACGGUCACCGCAGCGCAGUAGAAAGCUCGACUGAAGCGCUGUACGCCACCACGCGGCACGAGGGCUUUAAUGAUGUCGUGCGGCGUAGGAUCCUCUCGGGAAACUACUUCCUGUUAAAACAGAACUACGAGCGCUACUUCAUGAAAGCGCAGCAGAUGAGGCGUCUGAUCGCAGAGGAUUUCCGGCGCGUCUUCUCCUCGGGCGUGGACGUCCUCCUCACGCCCACCACGCUGAGCGAUGCACAGACGUACCGGGACUUCAUCCAGGAAGACAAUCGCACUCGCAGCGCUCAGGACGACAUCUUCACCCAGCCGGUCAAUUUAGCAGGUCUCCCCGCUGUCACCGUCCCUACAUCCCUCUCCAGCCGAGGACUUCCUGUCGGCCUGCAGCUGAUUGGCCGGCACCUCCAGGACAGGAAGUUGCUGGCGGUGGCUCACUGGAUGGAGCAGCAGAUGGAUUUUCCUCACAUCCACAUUCACGACGAAGAUGAAGGCGACGUAGAGGAGACCGAGAGCGCACGUCAGGGUCAUGAGCGAUGACGUCAUCACCGAACUUUGUUCUCGUCAGGGUCGUGAGAAUCCGUCAUAAACGAUACUGAAGCACUGGAAUUGUGGAUUCUGAUUGGUCAGAAUGUUCUCACCAUCGAUGACGACUUGUACAGCAGACGCAUCACAGCUAUAACUAAUUAUAACCUGGUUUAAAAAAAUAAAUGCCUCAGAGUA